AUGUCAAGAAUAAGGUUGUAUUCAUCUAUAUGGUCGCUAAAACCUAAACCUUGUUUUGGCAGAAGUGUAGGUCUUCAGAGAUGCACACCAGCCUCUUACCGGUUCUACAGAUUCAAUUCAUCUGGGAAGGACAAGAAGGAAGGUGCAGAUCAGCACAAACAAGAGUCUGGUGGCUCUUCUUCUUCAGUCCCGGAUACGAAAAAGGAACCCAGUAACUCAAUCUCCCAGUACAAUGUGAAACAAGUGACCUCACCUGGUGCCCACGCUCCAAUAGACUCGUCCAAGCUAGAACCUCUUCUCAGGAAAGAUAAUAAGCCGUACCUCCCCAAAGUGAGCCACAAGAGAGUUACCUAUGAAUACCCCGGUUUGCCCAAUCAGGACGAAUUCCAGAAGUACAACGAUCCACAAAAGACAACUUAUAGUCGUUGGAGACGUCAUAUUCCGAAAAUUGCCAUAUUCGUUGUUGUUGCUUGGGCUGCCUACUCGGUGAAGGUGUGGGUGUACGAGCCAGAAACCGGUGCUGCUAGCAAUGACAUUCUUUCGCCUGAGGAAUUCCACCCUUUCAUAAUCACUCACAAGGAGCAAAUCGAUGACCAGCACUAUCUCAUCGAAAUCAAGCCCAAAUAUGAUCAGUGGGAGUACUCAUACGCCAACAGCUAUCAGACCAAAUCGAUCUGGAACGGAGCUAAACACAUCUGGUCCGUUGAAGUAAUGCACCCACAGAUUAUGGUGGUUCGUUCCUAUACGCCAUUGCCAUUGUAUUUUCUCAAAUCAGAACAAACUAGAGCUGGAGACAAAAAACCUCUUUUGAAAGUUAUCAAUAACGAUGAAGAAGACUGCGAUAAACAUGGUACAAUGGUGUUGUAUAUCAAAAGGUAUGAAGAUGGGGAAGUGUCGAAAUUUAUCACAAACAAGAAAAUUGGUGACGAGAUACAACUCAGGGGCCCUAAUAUUGAAUAUAAAUUCCCCUAUCAUCCAGUAAGAGAAUCUGCAGUGGAAGAGCGUCCUAUUUUCAGAGAUUUACCUUCUACUAUGGAAAUGGAUAAAAGUAGAGAAAGACCUAGCUCGUGCGCUGACAUACCCCCGGUAGAUAACUUGACCUUUUACGCGGCAGGGACUGGUGUGGCCCCCAUACUACAGGCCCUUAUGUCUCGUAAACCAUAUGAGGGAUAUGUAAAAAUCCAUUAUUCAGCCCAGAAGCCUGGCGAAAUUAGAUUACUAGAGAGGUUUAUCUUCUUUUUGGAGAAGUUGGACAGAGUGAAUUUCACCUUCCAUUAUGAUACGGUGCCCAAAUCAAGAUUGGGCAUUAAGGAUGUCAACCCGCCAGCGGCCCCAAAUUAUGUUAGCGAACUCCGCAAAUCUCAAGUGGAGAAGAACGUGGAAAAAAGCCCAGAAGAACUAUUAAAGUUGAGAAUGUCCAUUCUUGAAGGAGAUCAUGAAAAAAGUGGAAAACUUGUAGAAGAGAAAGAAUAUCCAAGGUACUCAAAUGCUCUUGAGCAAGCAAUCCAGACCAGCAAAGAGGAGAAGAAGGAUGCAGCACUAGCUAUAGUGUGUGGCCCUCAAGGAUAUAUCGAAUAUGUUGCUGGUGUGAAGAAUGAGGUAGAUCAGGAACAAGGUCCCGUCGAAGGUUUACUAGGUAAGAAAGGAUGGAAUAGCACCAAUGUAUAUAAACUAUGA